AUGGCGGUGUGGGUGACGUCACACUUUGACGUCGGGUUGGCAGAGGGCGGAAUAACGGCAAGCCCCGCCUUUACGAUUACCGCUCACGGUGCAAUCUGUGUUGGCCCGAACGGUCUGAAAGCCAUCGAUGGAGACAUUGUGGUCAACAAUAUCCGAGUCUGUCUGUCUGUGGGCCUGGGCGACCCGGUCGGCUUCAGUGUGAUCAGCUGGUCCCCGGGUGUAAACAAAGCGGCCAUUAAGUUGCUGUGCAACGCCGUCAUUAACAGCAGCCUGGAGGAACUGGCCUCUGACCAGGAGGAAAGACUAGUGUUCACCAUGAAGUGCUACCACAUACAGGUUCCUGCCUUUUGGUCUAGACUGAAAUAUCUCAACAACUAUUACUUUUUUUCUUUUCACUCUCCCUCAGAGUCAUCAAAUGCAUCUUUGUUGACCAAUGCGGAGAAGAUCGCCACUAUAACCACCACUCACACACCUCAGCAACAGGCUGCACCUGAGGCCAGGCUCAACACCAAACCAAAACAGGAAUCGUUUGAAUUUAAAGCCCCGCAAGCCCCUCCUCCCCAACCCCCAACACAGCAAGUCUCACCUCAGGAUGCUGAGUUCUACUCAGUGGACCUGGAGCGAGACAACAAAGGCUUUGGCUUCAGCCUGCGGGGAGGAAGAGAAUACAACAUGGACCUGUACGUGCUGAGGCUUGCUGAGGACGGAGCAGCUGUCCGCAACGGAAAUAUGAGGGUCGGCGAUGAAAUCCUUGAGAUCAAUGGCGAGAGCACCAAGGGCAUGAAGCACGCGCGGGCCAUUGAGCUCAUCAAGAGUGGAGGCCGGAACGCCCAUCUGGUGCUCAAGAGGGGUGAUGGCUCUGUGCCUGAAUAUGACGGCAGCCCCGACAACAGCAUCGCAGCCAACCCAGCCUCAGGGUUACAAAACGCUGCGGAAGUGAGCGCCAUGCCCUCAACCAACGCGCCAUUGGAGUCAAGCUACCCACCAGAACCCCAACAAUCAUCCCGGAGCAAGAAGGAGCCGACCCGCCACUCUACCGGCACCGGCAAGCACCAUCAUUCCAACCACCGCCACCGCUCUCCCAAUAAGAGAAAACACAAGGGGAGAAAGUCCACAGGGACGGACAAGUCCAAGGAUGGCAAGGGAAGUGACGGCCACCGUCACCAUUCUAGCGGGCACCGCCGCCGCCGCCACCGUUCGCCUGACAAGGGGCACGGCCGGUCACGCAGUGCAGAAAACACCCUGGAUGGCCAUCACAGACAACACCGUCACGGCCGCUCACCUGAGAGACACCACGGUCAACACUCCUCCUCUCAUAACCGCCACCGCUCGCCCUACCGCUCUCCUUACCGCUCACGCCACCGUUCGCCUCACCGCUCGCCUCACCGCCACAGGUCCCCCCAUCGCUCUCGGUACCACUCCCCCACCAGACGUCACGCCCACUCAUCAGACCCCUACCGCCGGUACACCUCCCCAGAGAGACAGACCCGCAGCAUGGAGAAGCCCAACGGGGAUGAGGCCGUAUUGAAGGAGCCACCCAAGACUCCUGAACUCAGCCUCCCUUCUGAGGACAGCAUCCUCCGUGAGCCCCCAGCCCUGGACCGCCUGAACAGGGAGGCCACAUUUUCAACGCUGCACAGGGAGGAGCGCCUGCAUGGGGAGGACAGUCUGCUGAUGAAAGCCUACACCAUGGAGACAGCCUACAGGGGGAACGGCCUGCUGAGUGACCUGGCAUCCCGCAACCAGAGAGACGCCUACAGAGACAUCACCUUGCCCAGAGUGCGCACCCCUGACUCCGAUUCAGCCUAUAAGAAGUACAGCUCGUUGUUGAGGGGGCGCUCACCUGAGAGGACGGUGAGGGAUGGGCGCUACGCCAGUCGAGGUAGUACCCCCGAGCCACAGUACCGUACACGCAGCCUUGGACGAGAUAUUUCCCCAGUCAGGAGCUCCAGAAGGGAUGACUCGGAGGACGAAGAGGACGAUGACUAUUUGGUAGAGGCUAAGGUGAGAGAGUACUUCAGGGCGCUCAAGACCGACACCAGUCGCUCAUCCAAGCCAACGCUCCCUGAGCCCAAGAAGACCUACAAGGAUAACCCCAAAGACCUGAGCAUCUGACUGGACGGCUGACAGCCAAUCACAGCCUCUAUCCACAAAACACCUCAAGUACUCACUCCCAUUACCACUUGGUUCUACAGAAAUGCACCCAGUUAGAUACACAGAGAUACACACACUAGACAUAAAACAUACACGCAUACACACACACUUAACAAUGUUGAGUUACUAACAAACAUUGAUUCCAAAACGACUUUUAAGUGUUUGUUUUUUUUUGUUUGUUUUUUAUUGUAUGUUUCUUUUUUUCUUCUUCUUGUUUUUGGUUAAGCAUUCUACAUUUACAGUAACUCAGACUUUUCCAGAAAAUGUAAAACCAUAAAAAACAAUGAUGUGCCUAACAGUUCCAUUAAUGAGCGACAUUUUGUUUUUGAUUUGAUAUGUGACUGGCAUUUUGUGCCGCACUGUCAGAUGAUGAAAUGUAUGUACUUUUCCACGAGGAUCCCAUGGAAGUACCGAGCACCUGGAUCACCGGUGCUCACGAUGAUGCUGUGCAUGUCUUUACCGGAUUCAAUGUUUCUCUCUCUCUCUCUCUCUCUCUCUCUCUCUCUCUCUCUCUCUCUCUCUCUCUCUCUCUCUCUCUCUCUCUCUCUCUCUCUCUCUCUCUCUCUCUCUCUCUCU